AUGUUUGAUUUUCCGGGUAAUAUCCCAUCGAUUAUUGACAUUUUCUGGAUAACGACUUCAGUUUUCAUUCUAUUCCUAAUACUGUUGUCCGCAAUCAACAAGUCAAUUGGAGUGCGAAGAUCCUAUGUUAAGUUGCUGCUCAGGAUUUUUGAGUACGGACGUGUCAGCAUUGAGAUAGCUCAUAAAGAGCGCCAUGCAACAAUAACCGAAGCGAACGCAGCGCAUACUAUUGCUAAUCCCACUAAGGAGAAUGACAAAUUGUGUCCAGUUGAUGCGACCAAUGAAAUAUCCAACGAUGCUAAUAAUACCAAUGGGAAUACACUUAUCAAUCGUGACAACGUAUUAUUGCCCACACCUAACGAACCAAAUUUCAAUAAAGAAAAGCUGACGGAGACGAUAAAAGAUGAAAAAAUUAGCUUCCACUUCGAAGAAUGUUUGGAUUACAUAAAAGCUGGCGUUGAAGCUAUUAUCGAAGAUGAAGUUACGUCACGUUUUGAAGCUGAGCAAUUAAAAAGUUGGAAUUUAUUGACGCGUACAAAUCGUCAGUAUGAGUUCAUUAAUUGGAAAAUUACUCUCAUAUGGGUGCUUGGAUUUGCGGUUCGAUACACCAUUCUUAUGCCCCUGCGAGUUUUGGUCUGCUUUAUCGGUGUGGUCUUUGCUGUAUGUUCCAACAGUUUAGUGGCUUUGAUUCCAAUAAAAAUGAUACGCCACUUCUGUGCGGACAUUGCCUUUAAGGUCACUUUUCGAAUUAUUUGCCUAUCUUUAUCGGCCGUUAUAAAUUUCUAUAAUGUGCAGUACAAACCAAAAUCCGUAGGAUUUUGUGUGGCAAAUCAUACCUCACCACUCGAUGUGGCCAUAUUAUCAACAGAUUGUACUUUUUCACUGGUUGUAUGGCUUACUAUAUGUACAGCGAUUGUGGGAUACAUGCCAGAAGGUGAUCGUAAACGUCAACUGGUUAAUCGUAUUUUACGACAUUGCUUCUCUGUAUUGUCCAGUGCUAUAUCUGCAGUAAUUAACUAUCACAAUGAAGAAAAUCGUCCAACGACGGGGAUUUGUGUAGCCAAUCACACAAGUCCCAUUGAUGUGCUAGUGUUAAUGUGUGACACGACUUAUUCCUUGAUUGGACAGCGUCAUGGUGGUUUCCUAGGUAUUCUCCAAAGAGCUUUAGCCCGAGCAUCUCCACAUAUUUGGUUCGAGAGGGGAGAGGCCAAAGAUCGCCACGCUGUUGCUGAAAGACUCAAGCAACACGUAUCUGAUCCCAGCAACCCACCUAUAUUAAUAUUCCCUGAGGGAACUUGUAUCAACAACACUUCCGUAAUGCAAUUUAAAAAAGGCAGCUUCGAAGUUGGUGGCGUCAUAUAUCCAGUAGCUAUAAAAUACGAUCCACGUUUUGGCGAUGCUUUUUGGAACAGUUCCAAAUAUUCUAUGUUGCAAUACUUAUACAUGAUGAUGACAUCCUGGGCAAUUGUCUGCGACGUUUGGUACUUGCCUCCUAUGUAUAGGCAGCAGGGCGAAUCUGCAAUCGAUUUUGCUAACCGUGUGAAAAGCGUUAUUGCAAAGCAAGGUGGGCUUGUUGAUUUAGUGUGGGAUGGUCAACUAAAGCGCAUGAAGCCGAAGAAGGAGUGGAAGGAAAUGCAACAAGUUGAAUUUAUAAAACGUCUUAAAGGAGAUUAA